AUGCCCCUUCGCGCCAAGGUGACCAACCCAGCUUUCACGGCGACGUCCAAGAUGUCGACCGACUCAAGUGCAAAGACCCCUACACAGCCCGCGGAAGAGGACGAUGUCCUUUUCAAUUCUCUAUACGGAGUGCGACUGGUGGAGCUCAACAGGCCAAAGAAGCUCAACUCGUUGAACGGCUCGAUGGUUAACAAGAUUCUUCCUCGGCUCAAGGAAUGGGAAAAAUCUCAACUCGCCAAUAUCGUGAUGCUCUCGGGAGCUGGCUCAAAGGCCCUAUGUGCCGGCGGCGACGUUGCUGCUCUUGCGCUACAAAACGAGUCAGGCCCCAAAGGACAACAGGCGUCCGCCGACUUCUUCCAGCUCGAAUACAAGCUCGACCACGUCGUCGCAAACUACUCAAAACCUUUUAUCUCUGUUAUGGACGGCAUCACAAUGGGCGGAGGAGUCGGACUUAGUGUUCAUGCGCCGUUCCGUAUCGCUACCGAGCGCACCCUUUUCGCCAUGCCCGAAACGACCAUUGGUUUCUUCCCUGACGUGGGCGGCUCAUUUUUCCUCCCUCGCCUUGAUGGUGAGGUUGGCACAUACUUGGCAUUGACAUCGGCGCGUCUGAGCGGUGUUCAGGCGCUGUACGCCGGCGUUGCCACACACUACCUCCACUCCAGUGUUUUGGGCAACCUGACGACUCGCCUAUCAGAGCUAACCUUCAACGACCACGAUACUCACAAUGAGCGUUUGCGCCUCGUCAACAGCACAAUGGCCGAAUUCUCGACCGGUCUUCCUUCCAUUCAGGAGGAGCCAAUUCAGCUGGCUGGCGAUGUGCGCCGCGCCAUUGACCGAUGCUUUGGCCAUGACACAGUGGAAGAAAUCAUGCUGGCACUGGAACAGGAGACAGAGUGCAAGAAGUGGGCUAAGGAGACGCUAGAGACCAUCUCAUCUCGGUCGCCUACAUCACUCAAGGUGACUCUGCGCCAGAUGCGUCUAGGCAAGGAGUGGUCCAUCUCUGAGACGUUCCAGCGUGAGGCUCACGUUUCUGCUCAGUUCAUGCGCCACCCCGACUUCGUCGAGGGCGUCAAGGCGCGUCUGAUGUCGAAGCCUCCUCGUCAAGCUGCUUGGAAACCUGCAACUCUGGCCGAGGUCAACCAGGAUCAAGUCGACGCCUUCUUCAACAUUCCGGAGGGCGAGCAGCGUAUGGAGCUCCUGAGCAAUGGUGACUACAAAUCCUACCCACACUUGAUCUACGGACUGCCUACGGAGAAUGCGAUCAAGCAACACGUGCAGGACAACCCGAGCACAAGGGGUAAUAUCAUCGAGCACUUUGUGAAGACCUGGAAAAACAAGGAGGGCGUCAAGGAGAAGGUUGGCGAGGUUCUGUCGCGACAGACCGUUAAGACUGACCAGGGCCUGCGGUGGAGAGACGACAGUGCGUAA